UUAAAAAUAACGCGCGACAGUCUGAGGAAUAUAGCCGUUGAAACCACAACCAUGGCUGAAAGAGACAACAUUAGACAGUCAACACAUGUUUAACUAGAUACAUCUUAUAUUAAAUGAUACUUUCUUCAGCUCAACUCCGUUUGUUGGACUCGCCGGAUAUAUAUUUAUAUUUUUAUAUAUAUAUAAAUCCGCAGCUUAACACGGUUGACGCUACUGUUUACCGUUGGCAAACGUUUGUUAGCUAAACUCAGCUAACCAGCUGAGCGUCUUUUUGCUCGGUUUCCAAAUGGAUCCCACGGAGGACUUGUCUGCUCGGGUCCUGCUGACACAUAUUCUCAGCACCGAGCCACCCAGGUCUCCCAUCACUCGCAGUGCCUCCAACACACAGAGUACUCUCAGGACCAGAAGCAGCAGUAGACUGAGCAAAAAAGAUGCUGGUGCCCAUACCCCACAGGACGUCCUAAGACGAAGCCUGAAACAGAAAAUGCGUGAGAGUAUAACCAGGCAAUCCCUGCCCGCUAGGAGAAGGAGGACUGCCUCAGUCGUGUCCAGGAGGACAAACACGCCCGCCCCAACCUCAGAGCUGUUUGAUAAUGAAGACACACCGAGGCACAUGCUCAUGAACAUCCUACGGACAGAGCCUGUGAAGUCCCCUGUGGUUCAUGAGAAAGCUGCAGAAGAGCCACGGCCAUCUUCAGCCGACUCCAGUAUUACGAAGCGUCCUAGUAUUGAGCUGUCAGGGUUCGACUUGCCUGAUAUAACUAUUGGCAUCGCAGCGAGUACCGCGAAGGGACUGAGCAGGAAGAGACAACGUCGGAGCCUAAAUGUAACAGCUUUUGAAAAGUGUCUUAAAGAUGGAGAAGAUGUUGAUGAGGAAAAUGAAAACUUAAUAGGCGACCUUUCAUCCCUUCAUUCCCAGUCAAGCACUUCUUUUAGUCUAAAAACACCUUUUGUGGAUCUCCGAACGGAGAAAAGAGGCCUGCAGAGAAGAGUUUCUAACCGGCGAAAAAUCUCAGAGGAAGAAUUUGGCGCUGCUGUAAAUAAAAGAGAGUUGAAAGGAGUGAGCAGCUUUGUACAGGCGGAGCAGGGUCUCAAUGAGACCGCCUACUCUGAGGGAUUCACCUUGGGCCUAAGCAAAAGCAGCGAACCUGAUAUCACGACCGAUAUCCUCAACUGUAACACAGCUCUCUACGCCCAGACCUCCAGCUUUUCCAUAAUUGCAACUCGGGACAAACCAACGGUGUUGGUGGAGCAGAUGGAGGCGGAGCAGAUGGAGGCGGAGCAGAUGGAGGCGGAGCAGAGCGAGCUGGGGAAAGAGAAGUCAAUGUAUGCAUUUCCAACUGAAGAGGGGGCCGAACUAAAGAAUAAAAGUUUUUCUCAGUCGGAGGAAGAUGCGGGUGCAGCUAAAUCUCAAAAGGAGGAAGAGAAGCGUACAGCUGAAGAUGCUGCAACCAUGUCUGAGGAAGAGGAAUCCGAGUCUGAGGAAGAGAACAGAGUGGAAGCUCAAACGGAGGAGAAAGAUGCAGCUGAUUCUCCCACUGAGGAGGAGGCUGCAGCGGAAUCUCAAACCGAAGAAGAAAUAGAACUAGAUGGAAAUGAUUCCAAGCCUGAAGAGGAUGCUACAGCCAUGUCUGAGGAUGAAGAAGCUGCACCAGACUCUCAAACCGAGGAAGACGAAGUAGUUGAAUCUCAAACCGAAAAAGUUGCAGGUGACUCUCAAAUCAUCGAAGAAGAAGAAGAAGAAGAAGAAGAUGGUGCAGUUGAUCUUCAAUCUGAGGAGGACGUUGCAGAUUAUCAAAGUGAUCAAGACAAUCCUGAAGCCAAUUCUCAAUCUGAAGAGCAGGACAAUUUGGCUGAUUCUCAACCUGAAGACGAGCACGAUGGGAAGCCGGAGGAGGAAGAUGGCGAACAGGCAUCAGAACAGCAGGAACAUGACUUGGAACACGUCGCUCAAAGGGCUCAGCGCUCGGAGGGUGGACUCAUUAUGCCGCUCACAGAAGUGGGGGUAGACUCCACAGAGGCGGGAUGGUCUGAUGACAAGUCUAAAGCACAAAGCAGCCUGGAAAUGGGAAGCCAUGAGAGCGGUCAGCUUCAUGUUGGGAUCUCUGACCAGGCCGAGUCCUCAACCCGUCGACAGACGCAUGCUUCUUACGCGGAGGCCGAGCCUGAUGCUGAUAAAGAGAACUUUCAUCUUCCAGAGGUGUUGCAUGAUACUGAAGACUGGCACCUGAGUGACGAUUCCCCAGAAGAAGCUGCUGCUCAGGAUUCUGCUGAACAGGAGGAAGUGUGGGAGGAUGAAGAAGACGAAAUCCCCAGCAAGACUCCAGCAUUUGUCAGACAGAAACUGAACUUUUUUCAGCCCAAUCCUCAGACGGCCUCACCUUCUGUUUUUAAGGAUAUUGAUGCCAUCAGUAGUACAGGUGAAGGUCUUCCUGCAGCUAAACCAAAGCAGGUGAGACAGAGGAGGAAAGGACCGGCUAAGAAGGAAGCAGAGCUUCCUAAGAGCUACCUGAUGAGCGUGUUCAAACACUUUGCCAAAACGAAAGUCUCUGCAGACGUCUACCCCGUCCUCAAAACAAUAAUGGAUAAAUACUUUGACCGGCUGGCGGAGGACUUGGAGACGUACGCUGUUCACGCAAAGAGAAAAACCAUAGAAGUCGAAGAUGCUGAACUUCUGUUAAAAAGGCAAGGUCAUGUGAACAGCAUGGUCCCAGUGGAAGUGCUCAUUGAAAAAUAUCUUCGUAUGGACCAGCGCAGCCUCCUGAUCCCCAUUGCAACCAGCGGAAAUGUUGUUAUUCCUAAAAGGCGGAGAUGAAUGUUUUAGAUACCGUGUGUGUGUGUGUGUGUGUGUGUGUGUGACGUCUCCAUUUAAUAUUGUUAAUCAGAAUAUAAAAGUUUUUGUAAAUAUUUGUUGUUGACAACAAUUCAGUUUAUUAUGUCUUUCUGUCUUAAUAUACUGUGUGUGGUUGAAUGCUGAGUGUCUGUACGUAAUGCAAACAUUGGCUUUACAUGAGUACAAGUGUCAACUUUCUUCUUUUUAUGCGUAUACUUUCUUUUCCAACAUCAAGCUUCUAAUAUUAACAAUGUUGAAAUAAAGUUGUUUCGUUUGUUUGACACAUUUUCACUGUAGUAUUCUGCUAUUUUAAUGCUUUUUAUCUG